AUGCUGGCGCUGCUGGCCGCCGGCUUGGCGCUCGCCGUAGUUGCCGGGGCCCAGGACAGCCCGGUGCCCAGCAGCCACUUAGUGUGCACCGCUCUGCCCCCGGAGGCAGUUCGCACUGGCUGCCCGCUGCCCGCGAUGCCCAUGCAGGGCGGCGCGGUGAGCCCCGAGGAGGAGCUGCGGGCCGCGGUGCUGCAGCUGCGGGAGACCGUCGUGCAGCAGAAGGAGACUCUAGGCUCGCAGCGCGAGGCCAUCCGCGAACUCACGGGCAAGCUGGCUCACUGCGAGGGGCUAGCUAGCGGCAAGGCGCGGGGCUCGGGGGCCACGGGCAAGAACACUAUGGGCGACCUGCCGCGGCACUCCGGCCACGUCGUGGACCAGCUUAGCCGUUCGCUGCAGACUCUUAAGGACCGCCUGGAGAGCCUCGAGCACCAGCUCCACGGGAACUUGUCAAAUGCAGGGCUGCCAAGUGAUUUCCGGGAGGUGCUUCAGCGGCGGCUUGGGGAGCUGGAGAGGCAGCUGCUGCGCAAGGUGGCAGAGCUGGAGGAUGAGAAGUCCCUGCUCCACAACGAGACCUCUGCUUACCGGCAGAAGACUGAGAGCACCCUGAAUGCGCUGCUGCAGAGGGUGACGGAGCUGGAGCGUGGGAAUAGCGCCUUUAAAUCGCCAGAUGCCUUCAAAGUGUCCCUCCCGCUCCGCACAAAUUACCUGUAUGGCAAAAUCAAGAAGACACUGCCCGAGCUGUACGCCUUCACCAUCUGCCUGUGGCUGCGGUCUGGCGCCUCGCCUGGCAUUGGCACCCCAUUCUCAUAUGCGGUGCCGGGGCAGACCAACGAGAUAGUGCUGAUUGAGUGGGGCAACAACCCCAUCGAGCUGCUCGUCAAUGAUAAGGUUGCGCAGCUGCCUCUGUUUGUCAGUGAUGGCAAGUGGCACCACAUUUGUGUCACCUGGACGACACGGGACGGCAUGUGGGAAGCUUUCCAGGAUGGAGAGAAGCUUGGCACUGGGGAUAACCUGGCCCCCUGGCACCCCAUCAAGCCAGGGGGGGUGCUGAUCCUCGGGCAGGAGCAGGACACCGUUGGGGGCAGAUUCGAUGCCACCCAAGCAUUUGUGGGCGAGCUUAGCCAGUUCAACAUAUGGGAUCGCAUCCUUCGUGCACAGGAAAUUGUCAACCUCGCCAACUGCUCCACGAACAUGGCGGGCAACAUCAUCCCAUGGGCAGACAGCAACGUCGACGUGUUCGGGGGGGCUUCCAAGUGGCCUGGGGAGACAUGUGAGGAGCGUCUCCUUGACUUGUAGCCAGCUGCUCCUCUGUCUGGGUAGCCAGAUAGGGGUGUCCCUGUGGAAGUUCAGGGCCACUGAUCCCUACCCCUGCGUUAAACUGUGUGAAACCUCUUACCAGUGUGGGCUCAGGCCCUGAAGCCCACUCC